ACUGGGGCUGUGUGCUUGAUAAGCAUUACUAUUAAUUUUUGUAUUAGCAUUUUGGAGCAUGGCUAUCCUAUUUAUCAGACCAGGAAAGAGGGAGGAACCAUCCCGUCUCCACUCUAGGCAGGAGAUGAAGAAAGCAGGAAGAAGCAGGGUGAGGAGCUGAACAGAGAGCCCAGUCACAGCUCCAGCUGUCCCCCGCUGGGUCCUCCCCUCCUUCCCUCUCUCCCUGUGUCCCUGACAGUGUCAGUGUUUCCCUCACACCAAUGCUUUCUCCCUAUCUCUGUGCACUGGGUCCCGGGGUAUUUCAGGCAGAACAGUUAGCUACUGCUUCCUCCAGGAAGCCUUCCUGGAAUGCCCAGGUCCAGCUGAGCCCAGCACCCUACUCUGACAGUUCCUCUGAGUUGGUGCUUGCCAACCGGGAUUGUAACUGUUUUUGUUGUUGGCUUCUCCAUGAGACUGGCAAUCCCGCAGGGCAUGAAAUAUUUGCCCAUCUGUCUCUUCGAGUUUUUUUCUGAGCUUCACAUCUGUCUCUGAGUAUCUGGUCUGUCUGAAAUUUUCAGUGUCUCUGUCUCUCUGUCUCCACCGCUGGGUCUCUGAAUGUCUCAGCAUCUGUGGUUUUCUGGUUUUGAGUGUUUUGGGGUCAUGGUUUCUGCUGUCUAAAGGGUCUCCGUUCUCCAGGUCUCAAUCCCUCAGGCUAUCAGGCUCUGCCUCCUGGGUCUCCUGGGCCUGCCAGGCUGGGCGCUGCCCCUUUGGCCCAAGGGGGCCUCUGGGGGGGGUGGUCCUUACUGCCCAGCCUUCCCACAGCGAGGCCAGGCUCGGGUAGGCCCCCGCCCAGCCCGCUGCUUGUUCCCUCCCUCCCUACCAGCUUGCCUCACCACAGGGUUUGAUGAAUCAAACUCUUUGUCUGGGUGGGAUCUCCCCCAGCCAGCUGGGCAGAGACAGGGCUUCCCCUGGCGGAGCAGCCGAAAGACAUCAGCAGCGGGCCUCGGCUGGAGAGGCCCAGGUGGGUGGCAGAGCAAAGGAGGAAUGGACUGUGGGCCACCUGCUACCCUCCAGUCCCAUUUGGCCGGGCCACCUGGCACUGCCCACCACCCAGUAGCAGUGUGCCAGCAGGAGAGCCUGUCCUUUGCGGAGCUGCCCACUCUGCAGCCCCCCAGUCCUGUGUGUCUGGAUCUCUUCCCCGUCACUCCAGAGGAGCUGCAGGCACCUGGCAGCCGCUGGUCCCUGGGGACCCCGGCUCCUCUCCAAGGGCUGCUAUGGCCACCAUCCCCACGAGGCCCAGACACCGAGAUCUCCACCAGUGGGGGGAUGCGGCCCAGCAGGGCUGGCAGCUGGCCACACUGCCCUAGUGCCCAGACCCCAGCUCUGGAGGGAUCCUGGAGUCCCCAUCACCCACAGCCACAGCGCCGGGCCAGCCAUGGCUCAGAGAAGAAGUCAGCCUGGCGCAAGAUGCGGGUGUACCAGCGAGAAGAGGCCCUUGGCAGUCCGGAGGCCCACGCUGUCUUCCUGGAGCCUAGCCAGGCGACAGAGCAGGCCCUGAGCACAGAGGAGCCGAGGCCGCUGGAGCUACCUGGGCCCACCCGAGUGGGCCUUGAGGGGCCUGAGAGGAGGCGCUUCUCAGCCUCUGAGCUGAUGACCCGGCUGCACUCGUCCCUGCGCCUGGGGCGGAAUUCAGCAGCCCGGGCAGUGACCCCAGGGCCAGGCACUGGAACUGCUCGGGAAGGGAAAGCAUCUGGAAGGGAGUCACGCAGUGUAGAAAUGAGGUUGGACACUACCGUGAUGCCGGCACCUGUUGACCCGAGUGGGGGCCAUGGCAGCUGGCCUGAGCCCAGGCUGGGCGCGCAGGAAGAGUCGGCUCUGGGUUCCGGGAGUGCCAGUGAGCGGCGCCAGUCUCGAUUCCUCCUCAACUCCGUCCUCUACCAGGAAUACAGCGACGUGGCCAGCGCCCGAGAACUGCGGCGGCAGCAGCGCGAGGAGGAGGGCCCGGGGGACGAGGCCGAGGGCGCAGAGGAGGGGCCCGGGCCUCCGCGCGCCAACCUCUCUCCGAGCAGCUCCUUCCGGGCGCAGCGCUCGGCGCGAGGCUCCACCUUCUCGCUGUGGCAAGACAUCCCCGACGUGCGCGGCAGUGGCGUCCUGGCCACGCUGAGCCUGCGCGACUGCAAACUGCAGGAGGCCAAGUUUGAGCUGAUCACGUCCGAGGCCUCAUACAUCCACAGUCUGUCCGUGGCUGUGGGCCACUUCUUAGGCUCAGCUGAGCUGAGUGAGUGUCUGGGGGCGCAGGACAAGCAGUGGCUGUUCUCCAAACUGCCCGAGGUCAAGAGCACCAGCGAGAGAUUCCUACAGGACCUGGAGCAGCGGCUGGAGGCAGAUGUCCUCCGCUUCAGCGUCUGCGAUGUUGUGUUGCACCACUACCCUGCCUUCCGUCGAGUCUACCUGCCCUAUGUCACCAAUCAGGCCUAUCAGGAGCGCACCUACCAGCGCCUGCUCCUGGAGAACCCCAAGUUCCCCGGCAUCCUGGCCCGCCUGGAGGAGUCCCCCGUGUGCCAACGUCUGCCCCUCACCUCCUUCCUCAUCCUGCCGUUCCAGAGGAUCACUCGCCUCAAGAUGCUGGUGGAGAACAUCCUGAAGCGGACAGCACAGGGCUCUGAAGACGAAGACAUGGCCACCAAGGCCUUCAAUGCACUCAAGGAGCUGGUGCAAGAGUGCAACGCCAGCGUGCAGUCCAUGAAGAGGACAGAGGAGCUCAUCCACCUGAGCAAGAAGAUCCACUUUGAGGGCAAGAUCUUCCCGUUGAUCUCUCAGGCCCGCUGGCUGGUUCGGCACGGGGAGCUGAUGGAACUGGCACCAUUGCCCGCGGUGCCCCCAGCCAAGCUGAAGCUGUCCAGCAAGGCUGUCUACCUGCACCUCUUCAAUGACUGCCUGCUGCUCUCCCGGCGGAAGGAGCUGGGGAAGUUUGCUGUCUUUGUCCAUGCCAAGAUGGCAGAGCUGCAGGUCAAGGACCUGAGCCUGAAGCUCCAGGGCAUCCCUGGCCACGUGUUCCUCCUUCAGCUCCUCCACGGGCAACACAUGAAGCCUCAGUUCCUGCUGAGGGCCCGGACAGAAAGUGAGAAGCAGCGAUGGAUCUCAGCCCUGUGCCCCUCCAGCCCCCAGGAGGACGAGGAGGUCGUCAGCGAGGGGGAAGACCACCCCCAGGUUCAAUGUGUCAGGACAUACAAGGCACUGCAGCCAGAUGAGCUGACCUUGGAGAAGACCGACAUCCUGGCAGUGAGGACCCGGACCAGUGAUGGCUGGCUGGAGGGGGUCCGCUUGGCAGAUGGUGAGAAGGGGUGGGUGCCCCAGGCCUACGUGGAGGAGAUCAGCAGCCUCAGUGCCCGUCUCCGAAACCUCCGGGAGAACAAGCGGAUCACGAGUGCCACCAGCAAACUGGGGGAGCCGCCUGUGUGAUGGGCAGCAUGGCCUGGGACACCAGCUCCACGGCUCCUGGACAGGUCUGGAGGGUACCUGCCGUGUCUCCACCUCCCAAGCUGCUGCUGCUGGCACUUCUGUUCUGAGGUCUGGCACCAAAGAUACAGGCUGGACACCUUGACGACACCUCCAAAGAGUCUCCCCUGUCCUCGUGCUCCUCAGUGUCCACAGCUCAGGGCCAAGGGUAAUUUCUUCCUCUGGCUUGGAGGACACAACCUGUGACCUCUGGUAUCUGACAAGGAUGGGGGCCUCUGCCUUUCAUGCCCUCGACCCUGCCUGACUCUUGGUCCCUCUGGCAGGGAUCUGGCUGGCAAUGGCUCUGGUGCUGAUGGGUGCUGGGACCUCUUUGUGUAUAUAGUUCUGGAGUCUUCCAGCCUGAGCCUGUAUGGGCCCUAGUUGCUGUGACUUGUCUGUAAAUAAACUCCCAUAAUGCCCUU